AUGAAUCUUGUUUCAGCCUUGAGAAGAGGACAGGAAAUUCGCGAAAAAGAGAAGCUGGAUCGUGUUAAUAAAUUAACAAAAGAAAACACCGACAUGGCCAUUAAACUAGAAACUUAUAUUGAAGAAAUGGAAGAAAUGGACUCGCGUGUCGAAAGUUUAGAAAAAGAAAAUAAAGAAUUAUUGAAACAAAAUGAACGAGCAAAAACUAUGGAACUGUUUGGUUCACAUACGGCUGAGUUAGUGGAGCUGGAAGCGGAGAAAGAAGAGUUGACAAUCAAACUAGAAAAAGAAAUGAAACGGCGGGAAAAUGUUGAGACUGAACUUUUUAAAGUUGAAGAGGAGUUUGAAAAUUAUAAACUACAGGCUGAACAAGAAGAACUUCAAUGGCAGACGAAAAUGCAAAGUUUCGAGCUUGAAGAAGACGAACUUUUAAAUUUCCAGGAUGAUGAGAAUGUUGGAAACGUGGAAGUAAACAAGGAUUUAAAAAACAUUUUACGUCGCAAACAAAUCGCCAUUGGUAAUUUGGAGGAAGAAAAGAAGGAGCUAAUGAAUAAAAUUCAAUCAUUAGAGCAGGAGCGUGAAAUAUUACUCGAAGAAAACAGUUCUCUCGCAAAAGCUAACAUGAACCAGAAGGAGAAGAACGUGGAGGUUUCAGAAAACUUUAAAAACAAGAUUAAUCAACUAGAAAAACAAAUGGAAGAAAUGACUGAAAAUCGAAAAGCGAUGGAGCAAGAGAACUUCGAUCGGCUCGUUUCGUCAGCUGAAAAGGAGUACGAAUACAGUCAAAAGUAUAAAGAGAAUCACCGCGAGUAUGAGCGAGUGAAGAACGAGUUGAACGUGGCUCAAGAAUAUCUAAGAUUAGCCACCGACAGAAACUCCGAGUUACAGGCGGAGCAUGAGAAAUUGCGAGACGCAUACGAAAAACUUAUGGGUGAAAAGAAGAACAUGGAAGAGAAUUUCAAACUUGAGAGAAAGAAAUCAGACGAAGCCUAUGAGAAGGAGAAAAACCAAAUGCGCGAGCACGCUGAAGAAGAGAAAGAACAAAGAGCAGGAGAAGAAAGAAACAACUUGUUGAAUCGGAUGAGUUUACAGUUACAACAAGAACGAUCUGACCAUGAGAGGAGAUUAAUCGAGCAAAACACAGUAAUCCAAAAUCUUGAAGAAAGACUCUCUGCAAUGCGUUCGUUUUAUGAAAGCAAGUCCAACGCGAGUCACUCAACACCAUCGCCUGAAACUACUCCGCCUGUCGCGAUUAAAAAUGGUAGACUUUUUGAUUCGAUGGGUGAUGAACUCGAUAAUGUUAGUCGUGAACGGUCAAACGACAGUGAAAACGAUAUGAAUGAACAAGAAAGUUUAAGCGAUCGUGAACUACGACAAAUAGCGUACAAAAUAGCGGAUGGCAACUGGAACAAUAUUCCUUGGUUUACCUUCAAAAAUAAGAAAUCCAACACACUGGGGACGAGGUUGUUUCAACUAAAAAUGCAGAUAUAAUUUUCUACUUUCUUUGUUGGUUU